CCAAACACCAACUACAAAUCCAACACAGCCAUGGCGUCCACUCUUUCCUCUUCUGCUUCACCUCUGUUGUCCUUCAAGCCUAGACCCCUCAAGAAAGCCCCACCGCCCCGACUCACAUCCCUGCCUUUCAGGGUGAGAGCUGAGGCCGGAGCCGGCGGCGACCACAGCAAAGACACAUCUUUGGAGGUGCAUGUCAAUCCAAGCGGCCAGAGCCAGGGCACGUCCGUGGAGAGGCGCUCCAGCCCCAAGCGGCUGGCCAUGGAUGUUUCACCUUAUGGAAUCUUCGACCCUUUAUCUCCAAUGAGGACAAUGAGGCAAAUGCUGGACACAGUAGACAGGUUGUUCGACGAUGCAGCAAUGUUGAGGCCAGGAGGCGUGUGGAGCAGGGGAGAGGUCCGAGCUCCAUGGGACAUCGAAGAACACGAAAACGAAAUCAAGAUGCGUUUCGACAUGCCUGGCCUCUCCAAAGAACAUGUCAAGGUAUCUAUUGAGGACAAUUUCUUGAUUAUCAAAGGCGGCCAUGAGGACACUAGCAGCCAUGAGGAGGGCUGGUCCACAAAGAACGCCUCUGCCUACCACACCCGCCUCCAACUUCCUGAUGGCGUUGACAAGGACAACAUCAAGGCCAAACUUAACAAUGGUGUUCUUUACAUCACACUCCCAAAAACCAAAAUUCAACGCAAUGUCAUGGAUAUAGAGAUCCAGUGAUAGUUUGUGCAUUUUAAUGAUGUAUAUAUACAUAUAAAACAAGUUUGUUUCAAUAAUGGCAAAUUCUGUCUCUCUUGAUUGUUA